AUGACAAAAGAGCAAAUAAAAUUGGUGAAAAUGGUCGACUUGAAUCCAUCAAGCCACCUCUUCGCGGGGACUGCUGCGUCUUGGUUUAUCGAGGAAAGCUACCUGUGUGCUUAUGCCAACUACACAGAGAACCACUUUGUGUGUAAAGCAGUGAAAGAAAUGGAGAUAAUGAAGCCCAUCAAUCUUGGAGACGUUUUAAAGUUUUCUGGCGUAUGUAAGACGGGAAAAACCUCGGUGACUGUAACGAUGACGGUGACAAGAAAAGAAGAAGUUGUAAUGCGCGGGGUUGUUGUUUUUGUGAAUAUUGAUGCCAAUGGAAAGCCAGCACCUCUGUGUUUUGGAGACAAUCCUCAAUGA